UGUAGUCACCAUUGUCUGACAUGUCUUGAUCGAUUUGUUUGAAUUUUGAAUAUCGUUCUAGAAAAAUCAAAUAGAUGACAAUGGUAUCUCGAACAGUUUGUGAAGUACCGACUGAAGGUAUCGUCCAUACCGAAACGAACACAAAAGCCUUUCUAGGAGACAAAGAAUGCGGAGAAGGAACGCUGUAUAUAACGGAGAAUGUGCUGAUAUGGAAAAGUAGUACGGAGGAAAACGGUUUCAAGCUGCAGUAUCCAUCAAUAUCUUUGCACGCAGUGUCGAGAGAUACCAGCAGCUUUCCACACGAAUGUUUGUUUUGUCUCCUAGAAUCUGCAGAUGCUAUCGAAUCCGAUGAAAGAGAUCCAGAACCAGAUGUGACAGAAGUCAGAUUUGUUCCAUCACAAAGUAGUAAUAUAAAAGCUAUGUAUGAGGCCGUUACGUAUUGUCAAGAGUUACAUCCCGAUCCAGAUGAAGAAGACUCUGAUGAAAUGAUAGAGGAAGAAGAAUUUUUCACGUCCGAUAACGAUCCAGAAAAUAUUGAACUGUCAUCAGAAGGCCAGGCUGUACUACAUCGACUGCAACAAAAUAUGCAAAUAGUAACACAGGAGGAGUUUGGCGAGAUGGUACAGGAGGAGGGACUAACAAACGGUCAUAGCAAUGGUCAAUUCGACGACGCAGAUGAGAUGAAUUGAAACUAAUGUGUAGUAUCCAAUGAGGAAAGUGGAUCAAAUAAUGAGAACAACCAAAGCAACACAAAACCACGCAAAAGAAACAAACAAAAGUGGAUGAAACGAACACGAGUAUUUACAUUUACGAAAAUAUAUAUCAAUUUACAAUCUGUAGUCGAAUAUAACGUAGUUAUGAACAGGAUUAUAUUUUCUAUCACAUA